CAGCAGCGCCAGAUGAGAGGGCCACCAACUCCGAGCAUGCCCACGCCGGCCGCUGACUUUGAUCAGCAGCUGACGGGAUCGGCUCCUGAUCCGCCAACCCCGGCCGCGUCUCCUGGACCUGCGCACUGCCAGCCAGAUUGGAGCGAUGCUGCUGAUGAUGAAGACUUCUUCCUCGCCAAGGUUCGACAGCACUUCCAGAACUCUUCCGGCCCUCAGCGAACGAGAAUCUUGGCCGAUUUGUUGAAUCUCUGCACCAGCCAGCAGCUCAGCUUUGUUCAUCAAUUUGUCAGCCCGUUGUUGAAGAAGGACCCAUUUACCAGUCUUCCGGAUGAGUUGUGUUUGAGGAUAUUGUCAUUCAUUGAUGACCCCAAAGUCCUUGCGCGAGCGUCGCAAGUGUCCAAGCGGUGGCGAGAUCUACUGAGCGACGACAUGACGUGGAAGAACCUUUGCGAGAAACACGAUUAUGGUCGCCGCUUGUCUGAAGUGUCGCCCUCGGCGCCAAUCAUGACAACGAGAUCCUCUGCCUACGCCGUCGAUGUGGAUAGCGAAAUGUCUAGCAGUUUCCCGGGAGCUCUCCCCUUCACCUCACACGCCUCAAGCUCAAUGAGCUAUGACAGCAGGCGGCCCAAGAUACGCUCGUACAAGUCCCAUUUCAAGCAGAGAUAUCUAGUGGAAGCAGCCUGGAGGUCCGGCGGCACAAGCAUCACCCGUAACAUUACACAAGAGGGAGGCGUGGUUACCAGUUUGCAUCUGACGCCAAAGUACAUCAUUGUCGCUCUCGACAAUGCAAAGAUUCACGUUUUUGACACGGAUGGCAACUCGCAGAGGACUUUGCAGGGCCAUGUCAUGGGAGUCUGGGCCAUGGUACCUUGGGGAGAUACCAUGGUCAGCGGUGGUUGCGACAGAGAUGUGCGCGUGUGGGAUUUAAAGACUGGCGCUUGUCUACAUACAUUGAGAGGUCAUACGUCGACCGUCCGAUGCCUGAAGAUGGCUGAUGCUAAUACCGCCAUUUCCGGCUCGCGAGACACCACGCUGCGGAUCUGGGAUAUCCGCACCGGCUUAUGCAAGAACGUCCUUGUCGGACACCAGUCUAGUGUACGGUGCCUAGAGAUCAAGGGCGACAUUGUAGUAUCCGGUAGCUACGAUACGUUUGCCAGAGUUUGGAGCAUUUCAGAGGGCCGAUGCCUGCAAACGCUGCAGGGACAUUUCAGUCAGAUCUAUGCUAUUGCGUUUGAUGGCAAAAGGGUGGUGACUGGGAGCCUGGAUACUAACGUUAGAGUCUGGGACCCCAAGACUGGAGAAUGUCUUGCCAUUCUUCAGGGCCACACGUCUCUUGUCGGGCAGUUGCAGAUGCGGGGCGAUACUCUUGUGACUGGUGGCUCUGACGGCUCAGUCAGAGUGUGGUCUCUGGAGAAGAUGUGCCCCAUCCAUCGCCUUGCUGCCCAUGACAACAGUGUCACGAGCUUGCAAUUCGACGAUACGCGCGUUGUCAGCGGAGGAAGCGACGGCAGAGUCAAGAUUUGGGACCUCAAGACGGGUCACCUGGUGCGUGAACUGAUUGCUCAAGGCGAGGCCGUCUGGCGGGUUGCUUUUGAGGAGGAAAAGUGUGUUGCUUUGGCUUUGAGGCAAGGCCGCACAGUCAUGGAGGUUUGGUCAUUCUCUCCUCCAGAAGAUGUGCUCUACGACCGCCCAUUUUCGCUUCAACAGCGUGUUCUUGAAGAUGAUCCAGAUCGCCCGAUGAGUGCCAUGGCAUUCGACUAUCGAGGUGGUGACGUGACAAUGGCGGGUUUGAGCCGGGACGGUUCGUCUCAAGACAUGAACAUGGUGGAUGCCGGCCCAUCAACAGCUCCGCUUCAAGGAGUGACUUUUUUCCACGACGAUUGAUCGGCACAGAUUCCCCAAAAAAGUUUUGAUUUAAUGCGGCCUCAAUCGCCGGCGCAAUGAUGGCUACGGUCUGGGACUCUUUGCUGCGAGAGACGGAGAGACGAGAUAAGAAUCAGACAAGAUUCAUUAAUGAGGACAGGGCUAAGCUGAUUGGAGCGGCUGGCUCGCCCGCUUUGGCUUUUUAUAUACUUGGCGCGCGGUUUAGGUUAUAGAUCGCGGCGUGGAUCUCGUGGGAGCAUAUUUUUCAAUGGCGUUGCUGAUCAUUUGGUACUUCAUGCAUAGCUGGGGGGGGAAUUGCAUCGCGUCAAGGGCAUGAAGAUUGGGAUGUUUAUCAGUUUGAAAACGACAGGGUCGUGGAGCUUGCUUAUUGCUGAAGAUUGGUUUUUUGUUUCCUUCUAGGACGUGCGCCAGCGACUCGGGAUCAUGGGCACUCAAGUAUUUCUAGCGAUAAUACCAGUGAAUAUAGGAUUAGGUAGAGGUAGAUUCGAUUCGACAGGGGGGAGAGGAUCGGUUUUGAUAGCCUCUCGAGAUUAGCAUAUGCAUACAUACCCGUCUAUUU